AAUGUAUACACCUCAUGCGCUAAUUCUUGGCCUUUAUAGAUCGACUUAUCUUUAUUUUUGCCGUGCUCAAUCAUUUUCUAACAUUGGUGUGUAUAUCUAUUGAAUGCGAAGACAUCCGGACGGCAAGCGUUGAAUUAAUCGCUCAUCGAUGAAUACGAUUGUCCGAAUGAGUUCUUUCCGAGUGCUGACUAACUGCGACUUCAGUUUGAUCGGCUAAAUUUCCACGUGACCAUUGUCGAAACACGGCAAAAAGUUGCUCGAAUGCGCAAUCGAAUUGUUUGACGAUUAGCAUCAGCGUGACUUUUUAUUUUUCAAUUUUCAAUCGUUAAUCUUCGAGCUAAGAGUUAUUUUCAAUCAUGAGAAAGAUUUGUGAGCAGCUCUCUGAAAAAAUAUCCGGCGACGAGGUUAGCUUGCGAGAUUCAAAUCAGGUCGACGCAGAAACAAAACUAAGAAUUUUUCGGGCCCUGAGAAACGUGGAUCCAGAUUCGAAACAACUGUAUCAGUGCAUCAAGCAGUCUGUCGAAAAAUUUCUGACUGAUAAAGAUUGUGCCCAUAAAGCUUCUACGGAAACGUUUGAGGACUGCGAUUGUUCGUCUGUGGACACCUUGGAAUUUUGUGAUACGUUGAAAUCGAGAUGUCACGAUGAAUGUGAACUGAUGCUUUUUACCGAGAUUAUUAUUAAAAAGCUCGACGAUGAAUUGUGUAAUCUGAUCAUUAAUCGUGAACUUCGAAGACGCGAGGUUAAAGAAAAACCCGAAUACAUCAUCGUUCCUGUACUUAUUUGUCCUAGCGAGGAUUCAACCAGGUAAUUAUAACAAAAUGAAGACUUCGAUUUUAGGAUGUAUUGACCUUGUUUCUUUGGUUAGUACUGCAAGCCAACCUUGCCAAUGUUCGACGUCAGAUUCGGAUAGAGAUAUUUGCACUUGUGACUCCAUUUCAAUAACGUGUUCGGCGAGCAAAGCCCAGCUAGGGAUCUGUAAACGCCAAGCCAAACCUAUCGUUUUUCGUCAUGCUGGCAACCUGAUGACCGUGUCGUCCGAGAUAUUCGAUAAAGCCGUAGAACCGUUUAAAAUCGGCGAAGUAGGCCCUUCCGAGGAAGUCGGCAAGUGGGGAGACCUUUUCUGCUUCGUCGAACGCAUUUUACGAGAGCUGAACUUACGAUUGAGUGGAGUGAGAACGUUGGCAGAAGAUGAUUGUUGUGGCGACAGCUGCAUCAGGCCCACGAAAAAGGACAGAUUCGACGAUUUGGAAAGAUUCAAACACAUCCAUUUGUUUGGCUUUUCUAUAUUUUGCCGGAACUUGAUGAGAUGGUAAACGAUCGAAGCGACAGCUAAUUGACCGAGCGCGAUCGCCUGUGAAAUUAUCGUUUGUAGGUCAAACUGCAUUACAAAGAGGUGGAACUGCGUAACAAGUUGUCCGCACCUCGUCAUUCAUCUACCUUCUAUGAGUUAUCCUUGCCAUUUGCGCAGAAAAGCUAAGCGCCAGUUCGGAUCCCUACAAAAUGUUCAAGUAAUCGCGCGAACGACGGAAAUGAACGCGAAUCAUAGAAUCAACGGACUAUAGGCAAUAAUGACAGAUCGGCAGGUUGGGUUGGCUGGUGAACGAGAACGCGCAGGUAAUGUACGUGCACCCGGGCAAGUCGAAUUUCGAAAGCAAGUGCAUCCUGCAGUGCUUCGUAAGAGCGGCCAGACCGGACGUAUCGUUAUCGAGGCUGUGGAUCAUCGAGAACGACGACGAAUGGUGACAUAUAAGCUCGCUUUACAACUCGCGGUUACGUAAGCGAAGGCAAAAAAGAAUGCACCUCGACGGCAAUAAUGCGUGGCAGUCUUUCCAAGGAGGUCGACGAGGAGUAUCGCAGUGGAUGUGAAAGUCUAUUCUAUACGCCGCGGGUUUAUCGCCGAGUGAGGCACCUGACUGCCGGCCGUCACGGAUUCAUUAUUCCAGGUGUCCUGAGCAAAACGGAUGUGCUCAUUGCCGGCGAACUUAGGACGCCCAUUUUAGGGCCCUGUUUAAAGUUCCAGGAGCGAUUGCUCAGCAAGUUCUACGUGAUGUCUGUGCUGGCCGAGGCCGGACUCCGUCAGCCGCCCUUCGUCGGCGUGCGUAAUUUUCGCGAAGUAAGUCGCCGAGGGGCGGUGAAUUUUUCACGAGACACUCGAGGGACGCGCGUCGCCACGUCUCUUUUCCAGCUGUGCGAGAGGAUGGCCGAGAUGGCAAUCAAAGAACCGCGGAAACGCGAAGCCGGCGAGAGCAAAUGGAUGCUCAAGGUCAACUGCGGCUUCUGCGGCAAUCAGAGCGCGCUUGUCUGUUUAGAGCGCCGAGUUUACCGCUUCAUGGCCAAGGAAGAUCUUCAACUUUACUUGGCCCUCCAACUUCCGGAUAAGCUGCAGGUCAGCAAAAGAGUUUACAACGACGCCAAAGAAUUCUUUGUGGAAUUGGAAAGACACGGUGGAGUGCUGACAGCUUGCCCCGAGGGCGACUAUCGCACGGUCAGUUUGGGCUGCUUCAUCGAGCACGACACGGCCAAGGCUCGUCUGCGAACCAGCGCAGACGUGUUGCGGACGCGCACUGGGCUGCACAGCUGCAGCUGGAGCGACUUCGGCUACGUCAUACCGCAGACCAGUCUGCCCGAGGCAUGGGUCGAGCAACUGGUCGCACGUCUCGGUGACGCGCUGUCGCUGGAGCAGCACAUCGGCUUCUUCGGCGUGGACAUCCUGGUCUUUCGCGACCGACAACAGGUACUCGAUUACUGGGUGGUGGAUAUCGACCCGUACUACACGGAUCUGCUGUCUUUCGACGACUGGCGGCGAUUUUGCUUGAAUAUACCUAUUUGCGCGAGUUUCAGCCCCAUUCCCGACAGCGCGCCGGCUAAUAGCAGGAACGCCGACACGGCAGUCGUCCCCUCGGAGCAUCGAUUCGUCGUCUGCAGCGGACAAUUGCGCGUCGACGGCCUGUCCACGCUCGCCUCGGACGCGUUCCUCCGCGAGCUCUGCGACAAGCAUCGAAUCGCUUACAGUCACAAGGCGAGAACAGGCUGCAUGAUCUGCCCGAUAGAUAGCGAGAAGAGGACUUAUCUUCUGUUCUCGUUUUGUCGCUCGAGAGUCACGGCUCUGAGGCACUUUGUCCGAGCGCUAAAAGCCCUGCACUCGGCGUCCGUCGCGAAAAGUAAGCCGCUACUCGGACCCACCGUCGCAGCCUCUUCUCGCUCGAGUAACAUCCUCAGUCUGGCGCGUGACGUGGAACGAUUGCACGACCUCAACUCAACGACGACUUCUUCGCCGGCUACUGACGAGACGACGGGCAGAUGGAAAACGGCAGGCAGCGAUUCGUCGCGUCGUUAUCAUCGUCAAGGCAGUCGAUAAGUGACUCGCGGCUUUCGCGCUUAUCGGCGCGCGGUAAGCGCAGCAGUCGUCGUCACUCGGCUGCAGACUGGCUGGCAGCCUAUCGCUGAAUUGUCAGAUUGGGAUUGCCGAGUGCGCGCGCGCGGGCUGAAUUUUACUGAUUGACACGAGCGCGGCGACGGAAGCGCUGUAAUUUCAUUUGCGCUGGCAAUGAAGACCUGCUUUGUCAUUUCGUCGCGUAGAACGGUGCAAUUAUGCUUGAGUGUAAUUUUUAUGACUCUUCUUUGCCUGUUAAUUAAAUAAACGAUCGACCCCUCCA